AAAGCUUUCACAAAGACAUUUGGAGUUUUCCAUCUAUUAGGUGAUGAAGAAGACAUUAUAAACAAGAAGCCUUUGGCUGGUUCUCAGGUCUCAGGUGUUACUGCAGUAGUAUCCACUGUCACAAAGCCCGCAUACGGUGUUGCCCAUAAGGAUUUGGAGGUUCCCAAACUUCUGGCAGCACACAAGUCACUUGACAAUAACCCACGACGAGAGAUCAUUCAAGCUCCUGUCCGGAAAAAGAGUGUUCUCUCUGCGUUCUUCUUCGUCAAACAGAAAGCACCAAAGCUCAAAGCUGGCUAUACGUCUCGUGAAAACACCAACUCUUUGUACUGAGAAGGAAAACUUCAUUCUCAUACCACGUUUCUUUUAUCUUAAUAUCAUGUUGUUUUUCAUGUAAAUUGUCUUAAUAACCAGUUCACCACAUCAACGUACCAAGUCC